GUAAUUGAGAGUAAUAAACAUAAACGUCACUUCACGAAGAAUGUCUCGAAAAAAUAAAAUGUUUUAAUUUGACCUAAAUUUGUUAAAAUUGAAUUCGUCUGUGGAAUCCCAGGUUCCCAAUUUGCAGACAAGUGAUUUAGUUAAGAAGUGUUUAGUGAAUUGUGAUAAUGGAACCCAUCGCACCGGGCACCGAGGGUGAUCCUCCUGUUAAUUUUUCAGCAUCGACGAAACAGGAGAAAGAACGUGAACGUUUACUAAACGUCAAAGCAGUUCUCCCAAACGGAAAUUAUGGAAAUGUUUUCGAAUUUAAAUAUAUCAACGGGACUGAACAUUGGUAUUGCAAUGCUUGCGCCUGUCCAGUCAUGGGAUGGGUUUUUCACCAUGAAACUGGAAAACGCCAUUCCAUGGCUCUUGGGAACCAAAAUCCAGAUAGGUUUCCUUCAUUACAAGACGUGGAGGAAGUGCCCACCAUCCAGAUAGCGCCAGGAGAACCAGUUCCUCCAGGAUUUGAAGGAGAAAUUGAGAAAGUCGCUCUUAUUCAAGAACGUCUGGAUGUUUUUAAUGUUGGCCCUUUAGUGGCUCUGGAAUAUCUCUUAGAAUUGCGCGACUACGAUUCAACAAAGGAACCGACUUAUUUGUGUAUUUUGUGUGAUAAAAAAGGCGAUCCGAGGACCGUUUUAACACACCUUGCGAGUUACAAGCACAUAUUACAGUAUUUGCAAAAACACUUUCCAACUUGUUACCGAGCUUUAGCUCCUUAUAUGACUAAACAAUAUAAAAGAAACUGGCAAAUAGCUUUACAUGAAAUUGCUGAAGCAAUUGAAAAGAAAUUUGGGCGUUUGAAACCGUUACCAGUCGAAGCUGAUAAAUACGAGAAAGAUCCCGUCCAUUAUUUAGAAUUAAUAGCCAAAGGCCGUCAUUUUUCUGAAUUGUCGGGUCAUACGUUUGAAGAGUUAGUCAAUAAAGAUGAAUUGACAAGAGUUCAUGAUGACGAGACCGAUAAAUUUUCUUAUAAUAAAGCAAAUUUGCCUCAGACAAGCCAGAAGAAGAAAAGUCCCUCACCUCCUGUGGUCGCCAAUCCGAUUAAAAAGAUCCGAAUUGCGAAUCCGCCUCCAGCAGCUGCCGGAAGUCGUCGUAGGUCACUUUCUAGCGUUUCAAGCGUGUCGAGUAGUGAUCUUAGUGACUAUGAUGAUCCUAAAAAACGUUCUUAUAGUCGAAGGACAAGAUCGAAAUCGCCCCCACACCGAAAUCGGAGCCGUAGUCCGUACAGUCGGAGAUAUGAAAGGAGGUCUCCACCGCGGAAAGAAGUCUAUUAUAGAAGGGACGACCGGAAUGAGCGACUUAUGCCAUGGGAAAAACCGAAUUAUCGGCGACCCAAAACCGAAAAUCCGCCUGUUAAAAAUAAAGUCGAUAAAAUGGAUGAGUUUAAAAAAUUGUGUAAGGCUAUAGAUAAUGACAUGGAGCGGGUUUUGAAGAAUCAUAAGAAGAAUCCAGAGAAGCAUCCUCAGUAUAAUGAUGAGUGGAAAAAAUUCUGGAAUAAUAGAUAUAAGGAGCUUCAAGCUGAGGGUAAGGAUGUCUCGACUCAUGACUUUAAACCUGAAUGGAUCGACUUUUGGAACAAACGCAUGAUCGAGCUCCACCACGAAGAAGUCAAGUUGAAGAAAGAUGCUUUGAGGAAACGCCUAGGUCUUCCCGAAGAACCCUCACCCAUCUGUUUCAAAAUCAUGGGAAAGAAGAAAUUCGAGCCGAACAAGAAUAGUCCGAUGAGUAACAAACCAGUGCCACCUUCAGCAUUACCUGAUAAUGAUCCUGAGGUUAUAGUUAUUGAUGACAGAGACGAUGAGAGUAAGAGUUCGCGACGAUCGCAUAGUCCAUGGGAGGAGGAACCUGUGAGGAGUAGUUCUCGAAUAUCACGUGACAAAAGUCGGGACGGUUCCAGGGAUAGGAGUCGUGAAAGGAUUGAACGGACGUCACGCGAACGUUCGGUGCGAAGCCCACGACGUGAUAAAUACAGCAGAAGUCCCAGAGACAGGUCACGAGAGAGAAGUUGGGAUAGGGAUUACAAAAUCAAGGAUUAUAGGAGGGAACGGAUUAGGAUCGUCAGCGAAUUGCCGUGGGAACGAGACCGCAAAUCUUACAGGAAUGAAAUUCCUAGUUAUUACAAACCACCAGCUGUCAUGCGUGAUGUUACAAGAGAACCGGUUUUGACUCCUCCCCCUGUUGCGCCGGUCACCGAAGAGGAGGAUGACGGGGAAAUUAAUAUCGUGGCUGUUUUACGACUUUUAACAGCUCUUGAAGAGAAAUUAGGAUCACUAGGACCUAAAGUUAUCGAUUUAUUAGCGCAAGCACUUGCUAUGGAAAAGAACGAAGCCAAUAGUUCGGAAAACUUGCUCGAUAAUGAGAUUAAUUGUGUGAUGUUUGAAACGGUUAAAGAGAAAUUGAAAGGUCAGCUAUUGGCCGGUUUGGUCGAACCAAUUCAAGAGAAAGCGUUCAAAAAUGCGAUCAAGAAAACCGCGAGUUUGAUACAUCUCGCCGGCGAACGCAAAAAGGAAAAAGAAAAGAAUCAACCGAAAGUUGAUCCUGUCAAAGUCCCCGGAGUUGGGACUGUUGAUAAGGCUGCAAUUGCGAGACAAAUCGCUAAUGCUUUAGUUUUGCAAGGCAAGACUGAUGUGACUCAAGCUGAGCUUGAACAGUUAAUAAAUGCAGUAGUUGGAAUGGCGGAAGCGUCCAGAAAUUCAAAUAAACCGAUUACAACUGCCUCAUUCCUGGAACAAAUUACAAAAGCUGGAAGCUCGAAAGAGAAAACACCACCGAAAGAAGUUAAACCUUCUGUUCCGGCUGUAACCGAACGCGUGACGAAAAGUCCCGAAAAAAUGACCAAUAAAGACAUGGAAGGAUUGUCCGAUUCUGAUUUGCAGACCCUUCUCCAGAAUUUCAAAGAUCUCUCGACGGAAGAACAGCACAGUUUGAUCAACUAUUUGAAGAAAUUAGAAGCCCGUGAACCGGAUCGAGUCGAGCGGUUACGAAAGUUCGUAAAUCUGGGUGGCCAAUCUCGUGAAAAGCCCGAAGAGAAGAAAACGGGUCGGGAAAGUCCGUUUUCAAAUCGCAUGGGAAGCGUCAAUCCCAGUGUCGAGGAAAAUCGGUUCGAAUCUGAAAUUGAAGAACCGAAGAAAUUUGAAGAGACGCGCCCCAAACUCCCGAUUGAUUCCGAUGAGGAAGAUUACACUUUCGAGGAUGUGGUCAAAGCGGCCUCAAAGAAUGUCAAAGAAAAAGAAUUGGAGAAAGAGCGGGAGAUAGUCGAGGAAAGUAUGAAGUUUGAAUCGAAGAAAGAGGAUUUGAAUCUGGAUGAUACUAAAGCCAUAAUUUCGAACAUUAUGAGUAAUAUUAACAAGAGUGAUGUCGCUCAAGGUAAUCUUUUGGGAUUGGGAUUGGGUAGUGGUCAAGGUUUAUCAGUGAGUUCGGCCGAUUUUGCUAAAACUUUAAAUAGUAUUCCGGUGAAUAUGGCCAGUCUUGCCAACAUUGUCGGUAGCGUACAAAGUAUGACAAAGGCCAGUAUGGCGCCAUCUGUAAAUCCGCCAAUGAAUGUUCCCAAGAGUUUUGAACCGGUGCAAAGUAACAACUUUGGUGGGUAUGGGGGCCCGCAGGAAAGACAGUUUCAGGGUCAGGGAUAUCAAAAUAGACCUAACAUGCCAUUUGGAGUGAAUUAUCCCCAAAAUCCAUAUCAGGCACGGCCAAAUGUUGCUUAUCCGAUUGAUAAAAAUAAGGUGGCUUAUCCUAAUUACGCCAUUUAUGGUCAAGGAAACCCACAAGGACCCCCUCAAAGGCCGAAUCAGCCCAGCUUUGGUAAUAACCAGUUCGGUAAUAAUGUUAAUAGAAAUAAUUAUAACAGAUGGUAGAUUAAGAGUUUAUAUCAUCUUAAUGUAAGGCUUUUUUAUGUUAAUUUAUGUGUAAGCAAUAGUUAUGAAGAUACAUUCGCGCAGAAAUUAUGAAUAAAUGAUUUUACUUAAAAUUUGCAAGUCUUGAUUA